AUGGAGCCCUCAGCGAUGAAGGCCUCGAAUGAGCUGUCGAUGGCGGAGGAGGCUCGUCUUAUGAGCGCACUCUUCCCAUACGUAUCCAGCAAAUGCCUCUGGGAAUGUGUAAAGGCAACAAAAAGCGUCGAGGAGACAAUUUUUAACGUGAACGCCACGGUGAAUCCCGACCUUUACAGCGCGUCCUACUUAAUAAACGCAAUGCGGAAUUUCGCGACUUCCACAGAGGUUACGACGAAGAGAACACCAAGAAACGCUGAUUCCGGUGUUAUAGCUGUUGAUUCGGAUGGCAAUGAAAUUGUUGACCCUUUGGAAGAUCCAUUUGUAUCCGUGGGAUCUCUUCUUCACUCAAGAUCAUCUCUCUUUGAUGGUGAGAUGAAUAUCUUGGAGGUCGAUCAGCAACAAGAGUACAACGCCACAGUGGCGGUGUUCCCAAUCGAUACCGCCAAAUGGGACGAACAUUUCAUUACAUCCGCCACACUGACGGAUGUUGUGGGUGCACAACCCCUCGUCCUGCCGACACCGGCUGAGAAGACACCUUUGCACAAGGAUUUCGGAGGCAGUGAUGAUGCGAUUCAGGCACCAAUCGUCCGUUGGGCUCCAACCGCCGCUUCCCUGAAAAUGAAGCUGGAUGAAAGCAAAUGUAUUUCGUCUUGUGAGGCGCCUUCUCCUUUGGCGUGCAUAUUAAACUGCGAGGAGGGGAGAGGGGAAACGAAUGCACGAGAUGAAGGUGGGUUGGGCACGAAGAAGGAAAAAAAGAUGGCCGAUAGGGCGAUGAAUACCGUGGGACACGUCGAGCCUGUCUUGCUGACUCCGCUACAAUUCUGCACACAGCGUGAGUGCGAGCUGAGGGAAAGACUUGAGGAGUUGGAAAGAAAUGGGGCCGCCGCAUUUGCCAAAACGGAGGAAACCGACUUCUGCAGGGAGAUUGUGGAGCACUGCAAAACCUUUACCAGCGCACUCCCAGAGUAUUUCCAAAAGUUUCUUAGCGUGGUUGCAAAAGAAUUUGAGGGAAAAGAGAUUGUUCCCCCCCUUCACAACAUCCGUUUGAAGUCAUUUAGCGGAGGGAUACUUAAUACAGAGGAAGUGAGAAUUCGAGGGAUUGUUUUAGGGCGAUCCUACGCCCGCUUUAGUGAGGAUGGUGAGCACAUCUUGUUUCGUGUGAAGUUGAAGCAUUUGGCGUUGAGUCCGGUCUCGUUUUCACUAGCGAGGGAAGAGAGCCGAGGCGAUGCCACGAAAGGAACAGUGAAGGCGAAGGCUAAGAACCUAAAAGUGAAGGCAAAAUUGGAAUUGAAGUUACAUUUGACGGGGCGUCUGAUUGCCAGAUGCGGCAACAUUCAUUUCUCUAUUGGCUCCUUGCAAACCAAAUGUUCUGUGUUUGGACUGAAUGCGGUGGCCUUUUUCUUGAGGCCCUUCCUCAAACAAAAACUGACCUCUUUUGUGGUGAAGGCGUUGAGUGAUGAAAUGUUUCUCGACCUUGCGUAG